AAUUAUCCCAAUUUUACUUACCACAUGGCAUUUUCCCAACCAAGUUUUUUUGUCUUGUCAGUGGAAGCUUGGAUAAGCCUCCAGAAGCCUCCCAAAGGCCUCAUUUUGCUUCCCACGCCUUCCUCUUCCUCCUACAUCCUUUUCUUCCUCCUUUCUCCAACCAAGGUUAAGGAAUUAGAAGGAAAUUACAAAAUACUGUUCAUGAUUACUGUUCAAAAAUACUAUUCAUGAUUACUGUUCACGCAUUAUGCUUUGAUCUCUUUCAAUGGGAAAUCCUAAUAUUAUUUUGGACAUAUUAUGAAUUUGUUUGACAUGUGUAUGUGUUUGUGACUAUGGAGUAAGUGGACCUAAGUUUAAAGUUUGGGGUAUUUAGUGGACCCUUUGGGGUAUUCAGUGGACCUCUGCGCAGUAGGGUUAGUACUGUGAUUAGCUCCGGUACAGUGUUGCUAUCACACCUUAGUGGACUCCAUAGCAUUGUGUGAUUUUCGAUUUUAUGCAUUGCGCUUGUGACAUCAUAUUUGUGAGCAUAAGAUUUUAGUAUAUGAAUUCAAUUUAGACAUUUGUGCUUAUGAUUUGAGAAUUAUAAUAUUAUGUGAUUUGAUUUCGUUGUGUCUUAUGCUCUUUGUGUGGAUAGGUCUAAAGGUCUUAGAACCCAAAUUUAUAGCUUAAACUUAUUACUUACUGGGCUGUGAGCUCAUAAAAUCCCCCCCAUUUCAGAUCAGUAGAUCGAGGUAGCAGCAUCUCGGUUUAGGAGCUUUUGGCACGGGACUCGCAUGCUCGUUGUAUGUACAAGCUAGGGUCUCGUGUUUUCGAUAGGGAGGCAGAUCGAUAUGUUACCAAAACCAUGACUCAGCUUUUGUUUUUUUGAAAAGCUUUGAAGAAGAAUUUGCCUCGUAUAAUUUUUGUGUAAAUUAGCUUUAUGUAUAAAACUUUUAAGUUAAUUAUAAAUGAGUUUAGCUUGG